AUGCGCAAGGGCGACGCGCCCAAGAACAUGAGCGGCACCUUCGUCCACAUCGUCAAAAACGACGGCCCGCUCGCCCUCUACAGCGGCAUCUCCGCCUCCCUCCUGCGCCAGCUCACCUACUCGACGGUCCGCUUCGGCGUCUACGAGGAGCUCAAGGCGCGAUACGCGCGCACCCUGCCGCCCGGCCGCGAGCCCGCCUUCCCCGCCCUCAUGGCCAUGGCCAUGGGCUCCGGCUUCCUCGGCGGCGUCGCCGGCAACUUCGCCGACGUCCUCAACGUCCGCAUGCAGCACGACGCCGCCCUGCCCCCCGCCGAGCGCCGCAACUACCGCCACGCCGUCGAUGGCAUGGCCCGCAUGGCCCGCGAGGAGGGCCCCCUGAGCUUCUUCCGCGGGUGGCUCCCCAACAGCAGCCGCGCCGCCGUCAUGACCGCCGGCCAGCUCGCCACCUACGACACCUUCAAGCGCCUGCUCAUGACCUACACCCCUAUGGGCGACAACCUCACCACCCACUUCGCCGCCUCCUUCCUCGCCGGCCUGGCCGCUGCCACCGCCACCAGCCCCAUCGACGUCAUCAAGACCCGCGUCAUGUCUUCGGCCCACCACCAGAGCAUCCUCCGCGUCGUCGGCGACGCCUACAAGGCCGACGGCAUAGGCUGGAUGUUCAAGGGCUGGGUCCCCAGCUUCCUGCGCUUAGGGCCGCACACCAUUUGCACAUUCAUCUUCCUAGAGAUGCACCGCAAAGCAUAUAGACAGGUCAAGGGCAUCGACGAGCGCAAGCUGUGA